AUGCCGAAGAAAGCCAUCGACUCGCGCAUACCAGCGCUGAUCCGCAAUGGCGCACAGGAAAAGAAGCGCAGCUUCUUCGUCGUUGUUGGCGAUCGCCAAAAGGACGUCAUUGUCAACCUCUACCACAUCCUGCUCAACGUCGACGUCAAGUUGAACAAGUCGGUCCUAUGGGCAUACAAGAACAAGCUAUUAGGGUUUUCCAGUCACCGCAAGAAGCGCGAAAAGAAAAUCAAGAACGAAAUCAAGCGGGGGAUACGCGAUAUCGAUACCGAGGACCCAUUCGAACUUUUCAUCUCGACGCAGAACAUCCGAUAUGUCUACUACAAAGAGACGGAAAAGAUUCUAGGUAACACAUACGGCAUGUGUAUUCUGCAGGACUUUGAAGCGCUUACGCCCAACCUCCUCGCGCGAACUAUAGAGACGGUCGAGGGUGGAGGACUGGUCAUACUUCUGUUGAAGGGCAUGACCAGCUUGAAGCAGCUAUACACAAUGUCCAUGGACAUUCACUCGAGAUACCGGACAGAGGCGCACAGUGACGUCGUUGCGCGCUUCAACGAGCGUUUCUUGCUAUCACUUGGAAAAUGCGACAGUUGCUUGGUUGUCGACGACGAGCUUAAUGUGCUUCCGAUUUCGGGCGGAAAGCAUGUCAAGCAAUUACCGCCACCAGACCCAGAGCUAGAGGGCAAGACACCAAAGGCGAAGGAGCUGGCAGAGAUUAAAGAAUCGUUGGCGGACUCGCCCCCUACCGGAGAUCUCGUCAAACUUGCGAAGACUGUAGAUCAAGCAAAGGCCCUGCUGACAUUCGUCGAGGCCAUUGUCGAGAAGACCCUGCGAAGUACGGUCACGCUAACAGCAGCCCGUGGACGUGGUAAAUCAGCAGCUUUGGGUGUGGCUGUAGCGGCCGCUGUUGCGCACGGCUACAGCAACAUCUACAUCACAUCUCCAAGUCCAGAGAACUUGAAGACUCUGUUCGAGUUCAUUCUCAAGGGCUUUGAUUCGCUCAACUACGUAGAUCAUCAAGACUACACCAUCAUGCAGUCCACUCAACCCGACCAGAACAAGGCCACUGUAAGGAUCGAAUUGCAUCGCCAGCAUCGACAGGUGAUUCAAUACAUCAAGCCCGAAGACUCGCAUGUUCUAGGUCAAGCAGAGUUGUUGGUGAUUGACGAGGCUGCAGCUAUUCCUCUGCCACUAGUGCGAAAACUCAUGGGUCCAUACCUUGUCUUCAUGGCGUCGACAAUCAACGGUUACGAGGGUACCGGUCGAUCGCUGUCUCUCAAGCUCAUACAGCAACUUCGCGAACAAUCGCGAGGCAAGGGCGCCAAUGGCUCGACCCACGUUGUAGAUCGGUCAACAGGAAAGGAGACAAAAGAUGCCUCGGAGACCACGAUGACUGGUCGUUCGCUACGAGAGAUUACGCUUUCGGAGCCCAUUCGAUACGCUCAAGGCGACUCUGUCGAGCGCUGGAUGAACGACCUUCUAUGUCUUGACGCAACUCUACCACGAAAAAUAACCACACAAGGAUGCCCGCACCCCGACAAAUGCCAGCUUCUUCACGUAAACCGCGACACCCUGUUUUCCUACAACCCGGCUGCAGAAAAAUUCUUGCAGAAGAUGAUGGCGCUCUACGUUGCCAGUCACUACAAGAACACGCCAAACGAUUUGCAGCUCAUGUCCGAUGCGCCGGCGCAUCACCUAUUCGUUCUCACCGGACCUACAGAAGAGAACAAGCUUCCUGAGCCUCUCUGUGUUAUCCAGGUAGCGCUCGAAGGUCAGAUUAGCAGGGAAAGUGUACUAAACAGUUUGAGCCGAGGACAGCGUGCAGGCGGUGACUUGAUCCCAUGGAUUGUAUCCCAACAAUUCCAAGAUGAGAACUUUGCAAGCCUGUCUGGUGCUCGUGUGGUGCGAAUAGCAACGAACCCGGAAUAUGUCAACAUGGGAUAUGGAUCAAAGGCCCUGCAACUCCUGGUUGACUUUUACGACGGCAAACUUGCAAGCUUGUCCGAGACGGAGCCUCAAGAGGUGGAGCAAAUGCGAAGGAUAACAGAAGCUGACUUGGAGGACGCAUCACUUCUAAAGGAUAACGUCAAGAUCCGGGAAGCAAGCGAGAUGCCACCAUUGUUUGCUCGGUUGCAAGAGUUGAAGUCACCUAAGCUUGACUAUGUCGGUGUAUCAUAUGGUCUCACUGCGCAGUUGCACAAGUUCUGGAAACGCGCGUCUUUCGUGCCAGUAUACCUCCGGCAAACACCCAACGACCUCACUGGAGAGCACACAUGUAUCAUGCUGCGCUCACUCGAGACAACAUCGUCAGACGGCAGCUGGGUCGCUGCAUUCGCCAAGGACUUCCAGAAGCGUUUCCUUACCCUCCUCUCGUACCAAUUCCGCACCUUUCCAUCCAUCACGUCCCUCUCGAUAGAAGAGUCCGCUUCAGCAGGAUCCAAGCUCGAUGCCGAUCUUGCCGCAAAACCCAUCAGCAAAGCUGAGCUAGACGCCAUCUUCACGCCCUUCGACCUCAAGCGUCUCGAAUCCUACGCAAAUAACAUGCUGGACUACCACGUCAUUCUCGAUAUGCUCCCAUCGAUUGCAUUCCUCUACUUCACCGGCCGUCUCAAAGGCCAAGUCAAACUCAGCGGCGUACAAACCGCACUCCUCCUUGCCAUUGGGCUCCAGCGCAAGGAAUUCUCCGAUCUAGAAAAGGAACUCAAUCUCAACUCCAGCCAGCUCAUGGCCAUGUUCGUCAAGAUUGUGCGCAAAGUAGCCACGGCGUUCCGCGGCGUCGUCGAGGGCGCCGUCGAACAAACAAUGCCCGAGGCUAUGGAUAUUGAUGAGAAUGGCGUCGACGGAGAUGCUACAGCCGAAGAUGCACGCCGCUUCAAGCCGCUUGAGAAGAGCUUGGAAGAAGAGUUGAAGGAGGGCGGCGAGGAGUUUCUGGCCGAGGAUCGAGAGCGACAGAGAAGCAUGAUUGAUGCUUUGCCUUUGCACAAAUACGAAAUCGGCGCCGGAGCCGCCGACUGGGAAGAAGCCGAACGCGCAAUCAGCAACGCCACCAAAAAGGGCAACAAUGCCGCAAGCAGCAUGACCGUGUCGGUCAAGACGGGCGAGAAGAAGCGCAAGGUGGGCGAGGCCGUCGACGAGGCCUACAAGGAAGCAGAGAAGUUCAAGGACAGCGCGGCUAAGAAGAGCAAAAAGCACAAGUCGAGCAGGAAGGCUUGAGCAAAAUUUAAAAGCUUGAUGCUGUUUUGUUGUUUGUGGUUAUGUUUAUGUUUGGUAUUAUGGAUGCAUGGUCUAAUGGGUGUUGAAGGGCGUUUGAUAUCCC